AUUAUUUCCUUAUUCCUUCAUUCCUUGUCCAUUUUCAUAUAUAAUAAACUAAACCACAACGAGCCUCCACAUUCCUUCACAAGACGAUGAUGCAGCAGCAGACUUCAGAAAUCAAUCAUCGUAUUGCAAGAAUCGCUGCUCAUCUCCAUCCUCCAAAUCUCCAGAUGGAGGAGAAUAGCAGUAGCAGCUUAUUGAGGGCAGGUACAUGCAGAGCCAAAGGAAGUGCUGUUGGGUUCAAAGUUGCUGUACUAGGUGCUGCUGGGGGAAUUGGGCAAUCACUUUCCUUAUUAAUGAAGAUGAACCCCUUAGUCUCCAUCCUCCAUCUUUAUGAUGUUGUCAAUACUCCUGGAGUCACUGCCGAUGUCAGUCACAUGGACACCGGAGCAGUGGUACGAGGGUUUCUAGGGCAAAAGCAGCUGGAGGAUGCUCUGACUGGAAUGGAUGUUGUGAUCAUACCAGCAGGUGUUCCAAGGAAGCCUGGAAUGACAAGAGAUGACCUGUUUAAGAUCAAUGCUGGAAUUGUGAAGACCCUGUGCGAAGGGAUAGCCAAGUGCUGUCCGAAUGCAAUUGUGAACUUGAUCAGUAAUCCGGUUAAUUCCACUGUCCCAAUUGCAGCUGAGGUUUUCAAGAAAGCCGGAACCUAUGACCCUAAGCGUCUCCUGGGUGUCACUAAGCUUGACGUAGUCAGAGCCAACACCUUUGUGGCAGAAGUGUUGGGAGUUGAUCCGAGAGAUGUUGAUGUCCCAGUUGUAGGAGGUCAUGCUGGAGUAACCAUAUUGCCUCUUCUUUCUCAGGUAAAGCCUCCCAGCUCAUUCACCCAAGAAGAAACCGAAUAUCUGACAAACAGGAUCCAGAACGGUGGAACAGAAGUGGUUGAGGCAAAAGCUGGAGCUGGAUCAGCAACUCUGUCAAUGGCAUUUGCGGCUGCUAAAUUUGCAGAUGCGUGCCUGAGGGGGUUGAGAGGAGAUGCCGGUAUAGUGGAAUGUGCAUUUGUUGCUUCUCAGGUUACAGAACUCCCUUUCUUUGCUACAAAGGUAAGACUUGGUCGUACUGGUGCGGAAGAGAUAUACCAGCUUGGCCCGCUUAAUGCCUACGAGAGGGCGGGCUUGGAGGCAGCAAAGAAAGAGUUGGCUGGAAGCAUUCAGAAGGGGGUCUCCUUCAUCAGGAAUUAACUAUAACUUAAAACCCUCACCAGAAUUAUCACUCGUUAAUAAAUACCCUAGUAAUACUUCUACUACUACUACUAUUUCUGGAAAAUCCUUGGCACUGUGAAGUGUGACCACCAAACAAGGUCAAUUAUAUGAUGUUAUUACUA